CGAUGAGGCGGCGGUUUGCAUGACGGGAAGGAGGAAGAGGGAGGAAGAGGAGGACGAGUGUCUCGACUCGGUGCUUCGCCUGCAGGAAUCCGGGAGUAAAGUCGACGCACUCGGCCACGAUGCUCUGAGCUGAGCUUGUGGUCUGACUUGGGAACAGUCGUCGAGCAAACACACACACAAAAAGAAAAAAAGCGAGGCGUUUUCGGGAGAUAAACAAGUUGCACAUUUUGGAGGACAUGAACACCAGCGAUGCCAAGGAAUAUCUGGCACGGCGGGAGAUCCCCCAACUAUUUGAGAGCCUGCUGACGGGUUUGAUGUACUACCGGCCCGAUGACCCCAUCGAUUACUUAGAGGGCUGCCUGAAGAAAGUGCGCGAGCUGGGGGGGCCAGAAAAGGUGAGAUGGGAUACAUUCGUGGGCCAGGAGAAGAAGUCGCUGCCGCCUAUCAACGGAGGCCAGUCGCGUCGCUCGCUCUUCAGAAAUGUGAUGCCCGAGAGUCCCAAUUUUCCCUACAGACGGUACGAGCGCCUUCCUCCCAUCAGCCAGUUCUCCAUCGAGAGUGACUCGGACCUGUCAGAGACGGCCGAGCUCAUCGAUGAGUAUGAGGUGUUUGAUCCAUCCAGGCCCAGGCCCAAAGUCAUCCUCGUUAUUGGUGGUCCUGGCAGCGGCAAGGGAACGCAGUGCCUGAAGAUCGCCGAGCGCUACGGCUUCCAGUACGUGUCGGUGGGCGAGCUGCUGAGGAAGAAGAUGAUCCACAACGCUACCAGCAACAGGAAGUGGAGCCUAAUCGCCAAGAUCAUCACCAACGGCGAGCUGGCGCCGCAGGAGACAACAAUCACCGAAAUCAAGCAGAAGAUCAUGAAGAUCCCCGACGCUAAUGGCAUCGUUAUCGACGGCUUCCCCCGGGACGUUGGGCAGGCUUUGUCCUUUGAGGACCAGAUUUGCACCCCCGACCUGGUGCUGUUCCUGGCGUGCACCAACCACCACUUGAAGGAGCGUCUGCAGAAGAGGGCCGAGCAGCAGGGUCGACCUGACGACAACCCCAAGGCCAUCGACAGGCGCCUCACCAACUUCAAACAGAACACCAUCCCCUUGGUCAAAUACUUCCAGGAGCGCGGCCUCAUCGUCACGCUUGAUGCAGACCGCGAUGAAGAGGAGGUGUUUUGUGACAUCAGCACCACUUUGGACAACAAGCUGGCUCCCUCCCAAGAGUCGGCUGCAGGUCCGAGCGAGAUGGAUCUCAGUCUGCUGCCUGAAACCAACAACAUGGCUGACGUGCUCUUUAAGAACGACGAGGAUGGAGAGGAAGAAGAGCUGAUGUUCACCGAAGGAAAGGAAGAAACUUUCAGCACAGAGCCGCCAAAGAAGCCUAAGGUCAUCUUUUUGAUGGGAGCUCCAGGCUCAGGGAAGACGGUCCAGUGCGAGCGCAUGGAGGACAAGCUGGGCAUGCGCAGCCUCGCCCUGGCUGACCUGCUGUGUAACGAGAUGCAGGCUCCCACAGACAGGGGGCGCCACCUGCGGGACGCCCUGCAGAGAGGAGAGUCUCUGCCAGAGGCGGCCAUGAUGGAUGUGCUGUGCGAGGCGGUGGCGGCGCUAUCGCGUCAGGGCAGGGGCGUGGUGGUCAGCGGCUUCCCUGCGGACGUGCAGCAGGCUCAGCAGUACGAGGCCAAGAUGGGCGAGCCCGCCGCUGUCUUCCUGCUCAGCUGCUCCGCCCACAUCCUGUCCGCUCGUCUGCAGAGUCGUCAAAUAUCAGCACCGGAGCGAGACGGCGCCCCUUACGGGAGGGAGGACAGCUUCUGGGGUGAUGCCCAACCCGUGUUGGAUCGCUACGACCGCAACCACCUGCUGCACACGGUUGAUGCUGAGAGAUCACCCGAUGAAGUGUUUGCUCAGAUUUGCCAGGUGAUGGAGACCUCCUGUCACACAUUCUGAAUGACUCUCUCUCACACACACACACACACACACACACACACACACACACACACACACACACACACACACACACACACACACACAAGCACACAC